CUGGAAGAAGCUAAGAAAAUGUGCCCGGAUUUGAUCAUAGUGCACGUCGCUACAUACAAAGACGGCGAGUCCGAACCAAAGUACCACCCAAAUCCAGACACUACUUCUUACAAAGUGUCAUUGGACCUCUAUCGUCGAGAAAGCGUCAAGAUUAUUGAGAUAUUUAAGUCGGCUUUACCCACUGCAGAGAUUGAAAAGGCAAGUGUGGACGAAGCCUUUAUCGAUUUCACCAAUCCCGUGAGGCAAAUUAUCAUAGAGAGGUACCCAGAACUCGUCCUGUCCCAUCCGGACGAUUUAGAUGCACCACUACCGUCUCCACCUCAAACAAUCAAUUGGAAUUCUAGCUGUAACCUGAUUCCGAUCGAGGAAGAGGAAGAAAGCAUGAUAGAAGCCCCAACUCAGGACUCACCUAAACCAGAACCAGUAAAGCGAGAACCACCACCAGUCACUUGGCAUGAUAUCGCGCUAUCCAUAGGGGGAGAACUCAUGCUCAUGGCUCGAGAUGCGAUUUUCAACCAGCUCGGCUACACCACAUCUGCUGUUAGUCUAUCGUUUCCUGUUUUCCUUGUCAAGUCUAAUUUAGUCUCAACCCAGGGCGUAGCUCGCAACAAAUUUUUGGCCAAGUACCCAAUGAAUUUUAGAGCGUCCUUCGUAACGCCGCGAUUCCACGCUAUCUUACGGCUAUGCCUUUUCAAAAGGUCAGUACUUCUACUCGGAGUUGAGAACGAACUGACGUGUCCAGAUCCG